AUGGAAAUCAGCGUCCAUCUUCGAGCCAUUUAUAUUGGCAUUGCAAUUCUGGUUUUUCUCAACCCGGAAUAUAGAUUUUUUGGAUCAUAUAUCGCGACGGUCAUCAUCUAUUCCAACAUUGCUACCUGGCUCAAAAUUCUCUAUAACUUUACUUUGUACCCCAGGUUCUUCACGCCCCUGAAAAACCUCCCUACGCCUCUUAAACGAACAUGGCUUAAAGGCAACACGGAUUCAAUCCUUCUCGAGGCGCCAUUCGCCAACAUGCGCGAAUGGAUUAAGUCAGUGCCGAACGAAGGGCUGAUCCGGUAUUAUAUGGUGGGCAACCUUGAACGAGUUCUCUUGACUUCCCCUAAAGCUCUGGGAGAGGUCCUGGUACACAAAGCAUAUGAUUUUGAAAAGCCCUCGCUGGUACGCAUCCAGCUUCAGCGUGCGGCCGGGCUUGGUCUGCUCCUUUCUGAGGGGAAUGACCACAAGCACCAACGCAAAGAACUCCUACCAGCAUUCUCCUAUCGUCAUAUCAAAGACCUCUACCCGAUCUUCUGGUCCAAGAGUACGGAGAUGGUAAAAGUCAUCGAGGAGGUACUGGGUGCAAGACAGCACCCAGAAGACAACGUCAUCCAAGUCAGUGACUUUGCAAGCAGAGUCACCCUGGAUAUUGUUGCCGUUGCGGGAAUGGACCACGACUUUGACUCCCUCCGCAACCCUGCGAAUGAACUCAAUAAGCAGUUUCGGCGAAUCUUCGCCCAACCCUCCACCGCAAUGAAGAUCAUCGCACUCCUGGGAAUCUUCGUAUUCGAUCUCCGGGUCGUGCAGAUGCUGCCCUUCAAGCGGAACAGGGAGUGCGAGGAAGGCUCCAGGGUCAUCCGAGACGUAGCGCGCCAGAUGGUCCGCGAGAAGAAAGAAAGAAUGGAAAACAAAACCACCACACCCAAAGACGGGGUAGAUAUCAUCUCUGUCGCCUUGAAGAGCGGCUCCUUCAGUGAAGAAAAUCUAGUCGACCAAAUGAUGACUUUCCUAACCGCCGGCCACGAAACCACAGCCACAGCCCUGCAAUGGGCUGUAUACGCCCUCUGCAAGCAUCCCGACGUACAAACUCGACUCCGCGAAGAAAUCCGCUCCAACCUUCCUCCCAUCUCAACAGAAAACCCCGACAUCAUCACCGCCACCCAAAUCGACUCCCUCCCCUACCUCAACGCAGUUUGCAACGAAGUCCUCCGCUUCCAUCCCUCCGUCCCCAUCACCGUCCGCAUCGCCAGUCGCGACACGAGAAUCAUCGACAAACCAAUCCCCAAGGACAGCUUCAUCGUCAUCGUCCCCGGCAUCAUCAACCGCGACAAAGAACUCUGGGGCCCAGACGCAGACACAUUCAACCCAGAGCGGUGGCUCGGCCAGGGACGCGCCAACAGUGGCGGCGCCAGUAACAACUACGCUUUCCUGACAUUCCUCCACGGCCCGCGAAGCUGCAUCGGGCAGGGCUUUGCAAAGGGCGAACUGGCCUGUCUGAUUGCUGCUACCGUGGGACGAUUCCAUAUGGAGUUGAAGGAUCCCGAUGCUGAGGCACAGCUCGCAAUAGGCGCUACUGUCGCUCCCAAGGAUGGUGUUCUUGCUAGGUUUACCGUUUUGGAUGGCUGGUAG